CGGUCGCCGAAGGGUAACCUACUGUGAUUGCCUACUCAGUAGAAUACACGCACGUCACGUGGCAAAACUAGCAACAUUCGAUCAGGCACGCAUCAUCGUCAAGUACAUAAACAUGAGCAGAGUGCACCUGCACGGCUGCACUCGCAAUUUUUAUAUGCAUACGAUGGACGUGUCGUCGCCUGUUGCAUUCUUGCAUUCACCCUUCCUCAUCCCCGUCUUCACCCUGCUUGUGUCCAUCUUCUCCUUCCUCCUCUUCUUCACCAAGAAGUCUCGUCCAUUCGGCAGCAAUGGCGGCAAACGGCUGCCUCCGUCACCGUGGGGUCUUCCCAUCCUCGGCCACCUCCCACUUCUUGGUCCCCUGCCGCACCGGAAGCUCCGGUCUAUGGCCGAGGCGCACGGUCCUGUCAUGCUCCUACGCCUCGGCGGCGUGCCCACCAUUGUGGCUUCCUCGGCGGCCGCAGCGCAGGAGGCCAUGAAGACCCGCGACCUGGCCUUCGCGAGCCGCCCUUCGGUGCGCAUGGCGGAGCGGCUGCUCUACGGCCACGACAUGGCCUUCGCCCCCUACGGAGAGUACUGGCGCCAGGCGCGCCGCGUGUGCGUGCUCCACCUCCUAAGCGCUCGCCGCGUCGCCUCGUUCGGCCGCGUCCGUGAGCAGGAGGUCGCUGCGCUGCUCGACCGUCUCCGACGCGUCGCAUGCGCCUCGGCCGGCUCGCGGCCUGAUGGUGAUAACGCCGUGGUGAACCUGACCGACGAGCUCAUCUCCUACACCAACGCGGUGAUCUCGCGGGCCACGUUCGGCGACGACGGGGGCUACGGGAUAAACGGCGGCCUGGCUGAGUUGUUCGCCGACUUCGAGGAGCUACUGGGGACGGCCACGGUGGGGGAGUUCGUGCCGUGGCUGGCGUGGGUAGACACGCUGAUGGGACUGGACGCCAAGGCGGCGCGCAUGAGCAAGAUCAUGGACGGGUUGCUCGAGCAGGUCAUAGCGGACCACCGCCAACGUCGACUCGGCGGAGGACGGCUUGUUGGCGACGGCGAGGAAGAUCACCGAGACUUCGUGGACGUGCUGUUGGACGUGAGCGAGGCGGGAGAGGACGCCAGAGGAAUCCAGAUCGACACGGUCGGCAUCAAGGCCAUUGUCCUGGAUGUGUUCGCCGCUGCGACUGACACGACCUACACCACUCUGGUAUGGGCCAUGGCGGAGCUCAUCAACCAUCCAACCGAAAUGCGCAAGCUCCAGGACGAGAUCCGAGCAACCGUCGUCGGCAAUGGCGGCAACCACAUGAACGUGGACGACCUCAGCAAGCUGCACUACCUCAGAGCGGUGAUCAAAGAGACACUCCGGCUGCACGCGCCUCUGCCGCUCCUCUUGCCCCGGGAGACGCUCGAGGACACGGAGCUGCUAGGCUACCACGUGCCGGCGCGGACGCGCGUGGUGAUCAACGCGUGGGCCAUUGGCCGCGACAUGGAGACGUGGGAGCGCGCCGAGGAGUUCAUGCCGGAGCGGUUCAUGGAUAGCCCGGCGGAGUACGAGGUGGGGCAUGGCGACUUCAGGUCGGUGCCAUUCGGCGCCGGUAGGAGAGGGUGCCCCGGGGUUGGUUUCGCCGUGCCAUCGAUCGAGCUGGCCCUUGCGAGCCUGCUGUACCAUUUCAACUGGGAGCUACCGGCGGCGGCCGAGGCGUCAAAGUUGGACAUGAGCGAGCUGUAUGGGCUAUCUGUACGUCUCAAGGCCAACCUGUGCCUGGUUGCCAAGCCGUGGUCUCCUUGAUCAAGUUGUUCGUGGACUUGGCAAGUUGGAAACUUGGGAUUGCUUGAAGACGACUUAGUUAAGGUGCUGCUUUCCGUGCAUCUACAGUAUGAAUGUUCGUAUUUUGUACUCGCAACUAUAGGGUAUUAUGUAUCUAUUGAAUUAGUUGAUACCCCGCGCGUUGCUGUGGGAAUGAUAAAUAUUUUAUAUAUAUGCAGAAAA